GAUAAUAUUAUAUCAACAAUCCCGCUACGUUUAAAUACUUGUUUUAGAUUCAAUAUUGUUGGUACGAAAUCUGCCCAAUGCUAAUGUUAAAGCCUGAAAUGUUCAUAGUUUCGCACUUCGCCAUUGCGAUCUCGCGCUUCGUCUUUCACGCUUCUCUGUCAUGGGAAGGCGAUACCCGAAGCGCGAGAUCAAAAUGACAAAGCACGAAAUGGAGGUUUUUUUUUUCUCUCGAAAUUUUUCGCUUCACCACCGUGAUGUUUAGCUUCACCAUCGUGAUUUUGCACUUCACGCUUCCCAAUACGCAAAAUGUUCACAGCGCGAAAUCACGAUGGCUUCACCAUCGCUAUCUCGCGCUUUACAGCUCGCCAGAGAAAGAAAUGCAUGAAGCGCAAAACGCAAUAUCACGAUGGCAAACUGCAAAAUAAAAAGGAGUAAGAAACAUUUUGCAGAAUACUGUUUUAGUUGAAGAAAAGAUAAUAACAUAUUUUGACGAAGCUGACAUAAUGCAGACGUCGAUGACAUUCGCCGAAAUAUUUUUCCUAUGCAAGGCAUCAGUUUUUAUUUUGUACAUUUGUAACAAUAUCACGAAACUUAGCAUGUCUUUGAUGACUAGUAUUCAGUUUGAAGUUAUGGCAAAAUUACUUUUAACAACUCUCGAAUAUAUACUUAUACACACAUCUCUUCUUGUUAUCCAAUCAUAAUGAUGUUUUGAAAGUGUGUUACCAACCAUCUGUUUUGAAUACUGCACACAUAUAACAUGGAUCAAUGAACCACAAAUUGCACGUGCAAUAUUACACACAUACCUAGUAAAAUAAUACAUUUUAUAUAAAAGAUUAAGAACGAAUAAGGCUUUCGUGCCAUGUUUAGCUUCAAAUACACGCCAAAAUACACCAUUUGCGGUUCUCAGAUGAAAAAAAUAUCAUGGGGAGGAUACCAAGACCCCUACGCAUUACCUCUGCGUACUAUGCAGAAUGCCCUAGCUACGCGCCUGGAUUUUAUCUUUUAUUCAUAAAAUAAAAUAUUUCACACCGGAAAUGACAUGUCAGUGACAUUAAUUGACUCAACAUACAUUUAUUUAUGAAACUUCGUACGGCAAUGAAACGGAGUUGUUGAAACAAUUCUGAGUUGUUGACUUACUAUUUUUCAUACGUCAUAAAAAAGAAGUACAAAACACAUGUUUAUAACUUUAUCACAGACAUACAGUAAAAGAAUAAUUGACUUAUUGUAGAAAUAACGCGGUUAAAUGGUUUAAAAUAUUUUAACUCUUGGCUAAAGAUAUAAAAUCUAAAUAUGGUUUGCAAUUAUCAAAGAAUGGUACUUUCUGUCGUUUUUGCCAGAAAAAAAGUUUUACAGGAUCUGUUGGGAAUCGAUCUCGCAUACCACUGACACCAGGCAUAAUAUUUCAUUUCAGCCGCCGUGCGAUUGCAUCACAGAGACUUAUGUACAAACUACGUCAUUUUUUUUAGAUAAAAGAACUAUCUACAUGUGUCUACUAGUUGCGGUGUGCAUGAGUUAUCUUUCUUGUCUCUAUAACAUUUAUGUAAACAAUAACAAUUUUCAUUUUAAACAACUUUAAUUACACUUUAUUUUUAAACUUGAAUAUAAUCCCGAAAUACAGUUCACGUAGAUCUAAAACACGUAACUGAUCAGUAAAAUGUCUAGAUCUACUUUCAGUUUCACUUUUGUAUUAAACUCGGCUCUAAACAUUCAGUUUUCUUAUAAAAACAACUUUUAGUUAUCAGUUUCAUGAUUAGAACAAAACUCCCGCGUAUCUGUUUGAUGCUCGGUUGCUUAGAGACGAGCACGUUAUCCCGUUUCCUUCAAAGAAAAGUGAGUCUAAAAAUUGCGAAAAAAGUGGAAAUUCAAUAUGAGCCGGAGCGGGUGUCAAGCUGAUCUUUUCUGAAAAUGUAUAUUUUAAUAACCUUAUUUUCUCAGCAAAACUUUAGCUUGACACCAGGUCCGGCUCACAAUGAAAAUCGAGCAUGUAGUGUGUAAAUCGCGUGGUAAAACGGUAAAAGUCACGGACUACGACUAUUCUAAAGGUCUGAGUCGUACAAAUAACUUGGUUUUGAAGUUUUUAAAAGUCAUAGUUUUAACGAUUGAUCUUCUUUUUUGUUUCAGACAGUUAAAAUUUUAAUUAUGGAGUUUUCGUAUUCUAAUUAUUUAGGGGGCCAUUUUGCAUAUCUUAUCAUAUCCCGUUCUUUGAAAAAUUAAGGUAGAAUCCUCUGGGUCUGUUUUGAAUUUUGCUCACUUCAUUCAAGAAUAACCUUGGGGCACAAGUAAAACCUACCUGCAUUUCUUCCUAGAUAUGUAAUCUAAAGAAUGAAGGCAAAAUAGAGAACUUUUACCGAAUGUAACUCAGUAUUUUUAAAGAUGUCUAACUCUACCCCUCCUGAUUCAGAGGUAAAUUCACUUUGAACAGCAAGAACUCGCUUACAAAAUGAAAUUUUUCCACUUUUGUACAAUACAUCCAUUUUAAGUCUUGAAAGAAGUAAAAACUUACUUGAAAAAGAAAGAAAAAUAUGGAAAAAAAUGUUAAUCCAAGUGGGGCUUGAACCUACGUCCCCUAAAGAUUGCAAUCAAAGUAGGUUUAUGGUAGGAAUUAGAUACUCUUCAGUAAGGAAGUACUCUAUUAUGGGUUCAAUACCUUAAAAUAGAGUAAACUUGAGAAUGUUGAUACGAAUAUAGUUUUGUUGCAAGAGUAUUCACACACAGACUUGUAAGUAAAUACUAAUCAUUAUUAGAAUUCAAAACUAUAUUUGCAAGUUUUAAUGAACAAUAUAAUGCGCAAUUGUUUUAAGACUUUGCAUUUAUUAAUGAGAAAUGUUACCAUUGCCGAUUAGUAAAUCUUGAGGAAUAAUAACGCCCUAACGGCUGGGUUGUAAACCUCGAUUGAAUUAUAUUAAUCGAAAGUCAUUUGUUUACGAAAGUUCUUCCAUUCUGACAUGAAAUAAUUAGAACUUGUGGUAUUCCUCAAUCAUUUCAUCAAAAUUCAAGCGGUAUGAUAUACACCCAUUACAGUCAUACAAAGAUUUUAUUUCAGAUUUGAACUCACAAUACCUGUCAUUGCAAAUAUUGAACAAUAGAAACACCACGCCAGCAACACUAUUCGUUAAACGGUUACAGUAUGACUUACAGAAAGAGCAUCAUAUCAGAGCGACAGUAAUAGAAAACCUAGACGAGAUGAAACACGAAGAGGGACAGACUUUAAUUAUAAUAUGUAACAGAAACGAAUCUGGUUUGCUAACUACCGCAGUUGAAAAAUGCCUCAAGAAUAUCGAUCAGGAAAUCUACAAAAGAAUCAUUCUGAUCGUAUUACAUGUUACGAGGCAAGAUACACUUCCAAGACUGUCUUCGAGAGGCGAACUGCAAAGUAUCAAGCUCUACAGCAGAAUUGGUAGGGUAAUAGAUAUGGGUUUCGAGAGUGACACAAUUUAUUCCUGCAGAACAAAUGAUUGUGCCUUUAAAGAAAUAAUAGACUUUUGUUUGGAAUACGGUUCAACAUCGAACAACACCGUUAUACAGUCUACUGUGGAGAGAAAAAUCGAUUUACAGCACUGCAAUGUUAGCAAUAGCAUUAAUGAAUCGACGCGUCGUCCCACGUACAUUUACAUAAUUGUUCCAUCGAAUACAAAUGCAGUAACACGUUUCAUUGAAGCUUUCAACGAGAAACUAAAGACGACAGGAAUUGUGCUUAAACAAAAGCAAAUUAAUGAUGUCAGUGAUCUUGACCAAGACCAGUGCUUAAUAUUACUUUGCAAUGCCUCAUCACGCAUUGAAUCCGACAUUGAAGGAUGUUUAGCUGAUAAUAUACAUGCUGUCGUCUACAUCAAAAGAAUGAUUCUUAUAGUUUUGCACGUGGUUCGAAAAGGCCGGGAACCAAAGGAAUACACAAGGAAAAAACUGGAAAAUAGCACUUGUUCCGAAAAGUUGAGUUCUUUUCAUUCAGUAAUUGACAUGGCAUUUACCACAGAUGAUGGAAUAUACGAAUGCGCUAUGAACGAAAAAGCUUUUUUCGAUCUUGAAAGCAUUUUCGUUGACCUUCCCGCUACUGAAAUUAAAGCAGCUAAAUAAUGUAGAUUUCACGGACAAUACUGUAGACUAACCACACAAACAGAGUUGUUGAAUCAGCCACUGCUGGACAACAACAAACACGAUGAUUAGUUUAAUGCGUCGAAAAAAAACUCACUUCUUAUUAAGUGUCUGCUUAUCAUCAGUAGGUCGGCCAUGUGAUAUGUUCCUACAGACCUUUAUAACAUUUGUAUAUAUUAAGAGGCGUCUAAUUACCGGCAGACGUCAUUUGCUAUAAUCAGGUUUUUCAUGUCUGUAAAGGAAAAUAAAUACAACCGUCCCAAUGUAA